AUGAUAAAUGCAGAUAAAAGUUCUGAUCCUGGUGAUGACAAAAAAACAAAAGAUGCCAAAGAAGAUGAGAAGAGUAUACAGGAUGAAUAUCUCAAGGAGUACUACGAAGCUAUAUUAAAGAGGCAGAAAGAACAGGAAGAAGCUUUAAGCAUACAACAAGGGAUAGACAGAACUCAGACGCAAGAUGAUGGUGUUUCUGAAACAGAACGCCAAGUGGGGAAGAAAGCUAAACGACAAGUUUAUGAAAAAGAUAUUGUGGAGUGGGAAGAUGCUCCAACUUCCGGUUCAAGUGAAAAGUAUGUACUUGCGGACUUGAACAUGGAGGCGACUGAAUCCGGUGAUGAAGAGGACGACAUCGACUGGGAGGAAGGCUGA